GAGUGAGAGGUUCUCCUCUAAUAUUAGGGGCCAUGGAUGAUAUAUUUAAAUUAAUGAACUUUAUCUAAGGCAUAUUGCUAUAUAAUGACGAAGCAAACAAUUAUUUUCAUCUUUCUGACCAUUUUCAAUAUUAUUUUUAAAAUUAAUGCCAAAACCGUGUUAGGUUCUGUAUCAACAGCUGCUUCUCAGAAAGAAUGGGGUCAGUUCAUCACGACGUAUUGUUUUCAUGGUGACGCCUUGUUGAAUUACACCCUGAACACUACCAGCAGCACACCACCAAAGCUCUACCUGUUUCUAAAUGAAGACUGGCGUGAUGCUCUUCUGACAACAUCCGAUUGCCGACACAAGUUGUCAAAGUCCAGGGCAGUGUAUGAACUGAAUGGAACUAAUGGCAGCAUCACUGUAUCCCACUACAAACAGCCUCGCCUGUGGAACAUUCUUUAUGCGGAUUCCUACACAUGUGAUGAUGACAGACCCAUGUUUCCUGGAGAAUCUCCAAAUUAUAUCGCCUACAAAAUACAACUGUUUAAUCCCGAUGCUCUUGGCAAUCCAACUGAACAUUUUGGUGAUGAUGAAACAGGCCUUUUGAGAUUUUACCAGUUGCUGAUUCUGGCUUACUUUGUGAUUGGAUGUAUAUUUAUUCCUCGCCUACAUGAGACAUUGAAGAAAGGCGGGCCGAUGCAGCUUGUCCUGAUCUUGCUGACAGUGUCUACUGGACUGCAAGCCUUCGGCGCCUUCACCAUGAUGGUUCAUCUGCAGUGGUACUCUAAAGAUGGCAGUGGUUCUCCUUUCUUGGAACUCGUCGCAGAAUUUGUGGAUGUGCUCUCCCAGUUUGCUAUGCUGUAUAUGUUGCUGAGCUUAAGUCUAGGCUGGACCCUGGGCACUUCCUACCGGUUCUCACACUUACAGAUGAUUACACGAAAACCUGCUGCCAGGGUUAUAGGGGUCAUGGGGGUCAUACAAGCUGCCCUGUUCCUGUGGGAACAGUAUGCUGACAGAGAACAUCGGAUGUAUCAUGCACAGAGGAGCUAUGGUGGCCUUGCUCUUGUUUUUCUUCGUAUCCUGUUGGCCGCAAUGUUUGCCUGGAACCUACAAAGCACUGUAUCCUCAGAGAGAAGUGCUCUUAGAAGGGAAUUUUAUAAGUCUUUCACAAAGUGUUGUAUGCUGUGGUUCCUCUGUUAUCCAGUCAUUGUUGUCCUUUCCUGGUUGUUGUAUGAAUACCUCAGAUACAAGAUGAUAACAAUGAGUGUUGUGCUAUGCCAGUGUUUCGCAGUGGCCAUGUUGUAUAAAUUAUUUCUAUCUCGGAGUCUUUACUGGGAAAUAUCAGCACUGUCCAGUACCCUGCCACUGAGGAUUGAUAAAAACUUUGCUAUGAAGGCAUAUUCCUGACAAAAAUAUGUUGUAUCAUAGAGUAUAAAUUUAUGUUAUAAUAAUGGUUCUGAGAGAAUGGAGCCUGUAUUUUGUGAUAGAAAUGGUUGUUCAUGAAUCGAACAAGUCUGUUUGAUAUAAAUGUAUAUUGAAUUUCAUAUAUUGUAGAUGUACAUAUUUCAGGGAUGUUCAUAUUUUAGCACUGAGAGUAUUUUGUUAAAAUAUGACUCCAUAAUUUAAGUUUUGUUGCUUAUGUAGUCAUUAUUGUGUAUUGGUAAUUUUGUCAUUCAGCUUAUUUGUAAGAAAGUGAAAAUGCGUUAAAAUUUGAUUCCACUAAAUUAUGUUUAUUCAUUUUCAGAUGAAGCGAGAUUUUGUAACAGAAAAUGUUUGUUGAGCAAUACAUAUUUUUGUUGGUUAAGUAUGAAAGCCAUUCAGAAAUAAAUCAAGAUUUCAGCGAUGACAGUGAAAAUAUUGUAUUAAAGUUAUGUUUAUUGAAGGAUAGAAAUGGUGAUACACAAUUAUGUAUAAAGGCACAGUCCAUUAUACCAGGUCAGUUCUCUUUACUUUAAAUAGCAGUGUCGUGAGAAGUGACUGGAAGCUUUAAGUACUGUAUGGCGGUUUUACUUUGCAGGACUAAUGGUUUGUUGUUGUGCUGAUUUAUGAAUUAAAUUUUUUCCUAUGUCCCACAUCUGUAUCCAUGUCUACAGGCAUUUUAUGAGAUUUUGAUUCACUGUUAAAUGUUUGCUGGGUACUAAAUUCGGUGCUAUCUGUAAUAAUCAUGAACAUAGCGAAAUAAAAUCCCCAGAAAUAUUCACACGUAUAAAAUACCCAUACUAGAGAGGACAUUGUGUAAUUAGCUUACCUGGCACAAAGGGUCAAGUGAGCUAUUGGGAUACUGCAAUGUCCGUUGUCCAUCCAUCCAUCCAUCAUCUUUUCCUCUAAAUCACUACUAGUUACAAAUCACUGAGCAGAAUUUGACCAAAUUUGGUGAAAAGCAUCUUUGGCGGAAGGGGAACAUAUUUUGUAUAAAUUGUAUGGUCCGUUCCCCGGGGCCUGAGGGCAGGGCCCGAAAAGGUAAAUAGACCAAAUUAUUUAAAACCAUACUCCUUUUGUAGGAAUGAUUGGAUUUUGACCAAAUUUUUUGUCCACGUGGUGUGAAGGGUGUUUGGGUUAAGAAAACUUGAUUUCAUAUAAAUUAGUGCUCCUCCUGUAGCAAUGAUUUGACUUUGUCCAAAUUUGGUCAGAAGCAUGUUUAGGUAGAGGGGAAUCAAUUUUGUAUAAAUCCCAUCUUUGAAACAGUUGAAAUCCCCACCCCAUAACUGUAUAUAUAUAUAUAUAUAUAUAUAUAUAUAGCAUGCUUGGCAUCGAAAGAUAAACUCAUUGAUUACCUAUGAAUUGACCCUUGGGUGUUGAACACCUGUAAGGACAUUACUUCUGGGUAAAAUUUUUGACAUAGCUGAGAUACCAACUCAAUAAUCACAAUUAAACUCUCUCCUAGCAUAGAGAAAGAAAGACAGUCAUGAUAUAUGAAUUAACACAUUAGUCUUGUCCCAUCAAAGAGAUUAAGUGACUGAGCUUUAAUUUGGAAAUAUUUGAAAUACCCAACCUAUAGGUAUAUAGGUAUACUAUUGCUGGGCUUUAAGAUCCAGAUGAUUGCUACAGGCCAUAUGGGCCUCUUGUUAUGAAUUAUAACUCAAGUUAAACACUGAAGAAAAAUAAUUUUUUUACAUUAGGAAAUAUGUAUUAUAAAACUUUUUCUUGAGUAUAUUGUAUAACCAUUUGUAAUUGUAAAAAUUGUCUGUCAUCGUAAGCUCAGGUAUUUUGUUUGGUGGUCUCUAUAACUGAGGCUGGUACAAACACAACCAACAACUAAAUUACUAAGUGAACAUGCACACAGUGAUAUCAUUUACCAGAUAGAGCAAGUCUUUAUUAAGAGGUCAAAAUGUGAAGUUUCUGUAUAAUGACUUGUUGUAAUGUGUUUUCAUAUAUCUGUACUGGGAGCAAUGAACCUGUCCAUGUUGAAUGAGUCUUAGUUCCUUUGCGAGAAUCUCCAUUUAGUGUUAAAGAAAACAGUUUGUAGUAAUGUUAAUUCUCUUGUCAUCUCUUAGUAUUAAACUUACAAGUAACAUACUAUUCAUGAGAAACAAGUUUUUGUGUAAAGCCAACCUGUCAAAGUUUACAAAAUUUUCCACCAAACUGUCUAAUGUGACCACAUUUAACACAACCCUGUCUAAUGUGACCACAUUUUCUGCCACCCUGUUUUAUCUGACCAAAUAGCUAUAUAGACACUUAAUGAUGUUUUGUGGAGAUAAUUCACUGUAUAAACUGAAAAUAUGUUUUAAUAGUACAUUUUUACUAGUGAAAUAUAGGAAUACAUUCAUUUGAUAAAAACCUAUGACCAUCUGUGCGGUGAUGAUAUAAGAAAUAUUUUAUCAUCCCUUUUAAAUAUUACCACUAAUGAUGAUACAGCUUUUUGUACUUUCGACCAACCAGAGCAGUGCUUUUUAGUCACUGCAUUGAAAUUAGUCAAUUUUCCUGAAUGAACGGUAGGUGGAAUAAGUUUUCCAUGAAAUAAUUCCUGUAAAUAUUUCUGGUUUUCUUUAUUUUUGCAUAUAAAAACAUAUUUCAAAGUGUUUCUUACAUCAAAUCUAACCUCAGAUGAUCAGAGUACCACAUAAAACGGGCUAUUUAAAAUGUUGUUGUCUUGUUAAGCAUAACAUUAAACUUUUUGAUGUUAUAGUAACAUACUUAUAUUUCCAGAACUUUUCUUAA